AGAGGGAGGGCUUUCGAACAGCCCUUUCUCUCUCUCUAACGCGCCGUCUUGGAAAAGGAGAAAAAAGGAGUAAGAGGAGUAGCUGUUGGCGGCUAGACCCCUCCUUCCAGCGCGCGCCCAGCCCGUGAUGAAUGGGCUUAGGUGGGCUGCCAUUGGUGGGCACCGCGUGCCUUCAUCCCUCCUUCGUAUGAGGAAGGCAAGCGGCGAGGGCAGGAUUAUCAGACGCCCAUCGGCCCCGGGAGGAUGAGAAAAGUGUAGUGACAGCAACACAGGGGCGAGGAUAUCUGUGUUCGCGCUGCCGAGUACUAGACACACCGUGUUGCGCCCACGGAACCUGAGAUCUUCAACUUGGAGGCUGCCUUGCCUGACUUACAUUCACACACACACACCGGCAAACACCAAGGCGUGGGCUCUCUUCGCAAGGCCCCUUGUUUGCUGCGAGCCUCGGGACCUUCUUCACCGGAUACGCCAGGACUUUGUGAAAGGGGCGCGCGCGCGCCCAUACACACACGCUGACGAGGGGAAGAUGGUGUCUAAGGGUUAGCGACCCUGGUUACUGCUGGACUCGACGGACGACUCUCGUCUUUGUGCUGAUGUGGUUUAGCGUGUACUGUGGUCCUCUUCCUCUUCUUCAGGUCAGACUCCAUUCUCGUUUUGCCUCCUCGACCUCACUCGGCUGUUUUGCACCUUGUUCUCCUCUCAACUCCGUCCCUUUCUUGGAUCGAGGGAAAGGACCCGAGAACCCAGUCAACGGAGCGAAACAGGCAGUUUGUGGGACUACUACCUUACCGCUAACAAGCUUCGUAGGGGAGAGAGAAGAGAGAAGCUAACCUACCUGAGUUGUUUCCUGUUCGUGGCCUACAAAGCGUGUCGCCGUCAUCUGGAUUCCCCCCAACCUCCUCCACUGCACCGACAGGGUUGUGAGAGUCGCAUGAGUGACAACUUCAUUGACUACCCGAGUACCCGAGGUGCUGCCUCGCGAACUUUAUGGUUUCACACCCAGGGUGGCGACAUCGCUACUCCCUCAUGCCCAAACCUUUUUUUGUUUACACCUCGUCGGCCGGUUGGUUUAUAAGCUUGAGGUAAACAUCACCUUUUUUUUUUUAGUGGUGGAUUCAUCGUUCGUCGACUGCGUUAUCGCCGUUGAGGAGUGCGAAGAAGAUAAUGUUUGCAGGCAACCGGCAGUUUGGAUCGCUUGUUGGUGCUGUCAUGCUGACCAUGUGACCAAAUCGGCGAGAUUUUGAGUGUUUGCUUGAAUUGUCACAAGAGGACGACGGUACGCUCUCGCUCGCAGUCAGGCUGUUGUUUCCAUAGUGACAAGCCGCUAACUACAACCGUCGUGGUGGCGUGGAUGCAGCGUGGAAGCUGUUCAUGCUUUGUGGUGUGUACUGGUGUCUGUCUGUCUGACCGCAGCAUCCAACUGUAGGGAAAAGGAGUGGCUACGGUGAAACUCGCACAUCGAAAACCUUCGGAUGUUUUUUAUUUUCUUCUUUGUAACCGAGUCCUCUCGAGUGUUGGGUGAAUAAAGCUUGCUCGUUGCUGUAUGGAGUUUACCUGUUCACGCAUACCUUCCACUGAUCUACAGAUGACCAAUCAGAUCAGGCAGAACGACAGACUGAAUGAAGGGACAGCGGUGGAUGCUACUAUGCGCGCCCGAGGGACUCUGGAUCAAUGAGUAUUUCCCGAGUGAAGACCAUGCAGGGUUCCAGACCUGCAGGCGGCCAGUCUCUCGCUGACACAGUUCUCUUACUGCUGACUCUUUGCACUUUGACAGGGCCUCAUCACGCCCAUGCAGGUGUGACCCCGAGAUUUGUAGAGGAACCAGACUCAGCUAUCAUCUGGCAUCAUCAACCCGUGACUCUCCGAUGUCGGGUGGAGCCCGCGACUGCGCAUGUUCAGUGGUUGUUAAACCGGAAGCCGCUCGACUUCCGGGAGCAUCGAGACAUUCAGCUGCAGGACAACCACGACCUCCACUUCCCGCUGUCCGCCCAUGGCGGGCUGGAUGUCGGCAUCGAGGGCGAGUAUCGCUGCCUCGCCACGUCACAGAACGUCACCGUGGUCAGCCGGCCGGCCAUCUUGUCUAGACCAGUUUUGCGGAAGUUCCCCACGAGUGACAACCUGGAAAUAUCUGCGCCUGAAGGAGGCUUCGCUACCAUACCCUGCAUUGCACCCGAGAGCCACCCACCAGCGCAGAUCGACAUCCUGACAGAGUCAGGGUCUCUGCUGGGACACACCCGAGGAGAAGGCGUUGAGCGCCUGCCAUCCGGAAGUGUGAUACUGCGCAACCUGAAAGUACAAGACAGCGGCGUGUACAGGUGUGUGGCCGUCAACCAGGUAUCCGGUGCUAACCGCACGGCCAGCCACAACAUCACCCUGCGAGUCACGUCGCCACCCGGAGAUCUUGAGCAGACAACUGUGAUAGUCGAUCAGAGUUUUCCAACUCUUCAUGUGUCUAGUGGAGAUUCGGUUUUACUGGAGUGUCCAACAGCAGGUGAAGGCAAGCCAAAUGUCACUUGGACAAAGUAUGGAGGAGACUUGCCCAGCAAACGAACAGAGGUGGAAUUUGGCAACCUUAGAAUACAUGCAGUUAAUGUGUUGGACAAAGGCACUUACAUCUGUGAAACAGUAAAUGGCAAAACUCGAAAACUGUCUCUGGAGGUAAACACACCACCAGUUAUUGUGGCAAUGCCAGACGACAGUGGCCUGAGGGUAGAAACAGGAGAAACAGUCAAGAUUACCUGCACUGGUGCUGGCUUUCCUUCUCCGACUGUCAUGUGGUUCCAUAAUGGAGCUGUGAUUGGGCGUCGCAAGGUUCACAGUCGAGGUAGUGACCAUAUCUUGAUACUAGAAAAUGUGCAAGUAGAAAACUCAGGUAUUUACACCUGUGAUCUGGCCAAUGUCCUGGGUCACGUGUCAGCACAAGUGCAUCUCAUUGUGGCAGAAACCAAAGAUUAUUUGUCUGCUGGUUCAGACAAUGGUCUCACAACAGCUGAUGGAAGAUCAACUGAUUCUCCUGCAGGAGAAGUGCUAGGAUAUUCUGGAUGACCUUGUCAGUGGGGAAGAAACAAAGGCUGAUGUGCCACAUGAAGACAGCACAAGCAGAAGACC